GUCUUUGUUCCAAACCAUUCAUUCCCUUCCUCUGUAGCUAGCAACCGUAGCUUCGUGAACACACACUCUGCAGGCAUGGCAGCUGCCGCUACCCCGUUUGUCUCUGAACAGUCAGCGACAACGACCCAACAACCAAUGCUCGACAUAUCCAAGCCCCCCGUUAUAGAAGGAUUUACACCUCUAUCGCGACCCAGAGAAGAGACGUUCCAGGAGAAGUUUAUGAGGAAGUCGAAGGAGAACCCGUUCGUCCCUAUAGGUUGUCUCGGUACAGCUGGAGCGUUGAUGUACGGUCUCCGAGCCUUCAAACAAGGCAAGACCCGGCAGUCCCAGCUCCUGAUGAGAGGACGUAUCUUCGCACAAGGCUUCACUGUAGUCGCUAUCAUCUUCGGCGUGUUCACCACAGCUCUGAGGAAAGACUGAGCUGCGUCACGGCUGUGUUCAUUUACUGCAAAACUUUUUUGCAACGGGAAAAAAAAUAAAACAAGGGGUUUCUUUAUUAGACGGAGUUCAGGUAGUCCCACCUUGUGGUGGUGAAUGAAAUGUGUUGUUUGAAUGUGUAGAAAGACUAACGGAAAAACAGAUAUUUAAAUGGCUGUCCUUUUUCUGGACUUCCUUAACUGUGCUUUGGGUUGGUCCAGUCAAAUGAAAUGUAGAUGGCAAAGCAAGCAGGGCACUGACUGCCUUGAGUUUAAAACAUCAUUGUGUAACAAUAUAAUUGAAGUGCAAUGCAGCCAUCCACAUAUGUAGAAAAACAUCUCUCUGUGUUGGAGGAAAUGGGCCAGCCGACCCGCUUAUACGACCAAAUGGGCCAGCCGACCCACUUAUCUGUUAGUGAGAUCCACCUCUGUAUAAUACAGAGAAUUAUUCCAAGACUCUGACCACCUUUUUUUUUUUAGCACUAUGUAUUGUCGGUCCCACUUUGGCUGUACUAGCAACGUAUCCUCACACACCUGUCCCUUUUUAUAAAGAGAUAUAUAAGUGAAUUGUUUGUGUGCUGUAAUACUUGAGAGAAAGAUGGCGCAUCUGGCUCUUAGGACCAAUAUAAGGGAUGUUAUAGGGACUGGUGAAGAUGACCUGGCAGUAUGGGGGCUCUUGUAAGGGAGGCAGAGGAACAGCUUGGGUCUUUUUUUAGCGUUAGUUCAGCAGUUCUCAACCUGUUUUGGUCACUGUACCACCAAGAACAUUUCUCUGCCCAGAGUACCCCUUCAUGGGCUUAUUGUUCAAAUACUCAUGUUCUCCCCAAGUACCCGCUGUGUAUCGUACACAGUCUUAUUUAAAUGCUCACACAAACCCUUUGCUUGAUAAAUUUUUGUUGUUGUUGACAAGACCAAAACAGGCAGAUUUCUGAGAUCAUUUUUAUUGAAGAGUUUCAGUUCCUGUGUAACAUUCUCCUGUGUGAUAAUGUCCCAAUA